ACCUAAUUCAUCUUGCAUUGGACCAUUAAAAACAAACUUCGUGUUUUCGUUCGACGUUUAUCAAUUUUUCUCGUUUUACGGAUUUUCUUGUUAUAAAUUUAACAUAAUUGAAAGUGUUAAUAGUUUAAAACAGUGCUGAGUGUCGACUGUUUUUCUCAAUCAAUCAUAGUUCUUUCCAGUCAACAAAUAAAUUUCAUCACCACCAACCUUCAGUAGGAUGGCCUUACCCGGGGGCGAGCCGAAGUUUCUCUCCACAAACUGCUUCACUUGCCUUCGUGCUUCGAAGCGAGGCAUACCAGUGCUUGUGGUAAAACGAGCAGUCUUCCAGAUCCCGGUCACGGUGAUCCUCGAUCUUAUGAAAGCGCAUUUGGGUUUUGAGAGUAGUAGAUUUCGCGCGGAAGACAUACUUUGUGAAAACUGUUGGACGCAACUAAAGGAGUUCAAUCGGUUCUAUCUAAAAGUACAACGGGGCAAUUCCAUCCGAAAUAGGUCACGAUCAUCGGCAGAUGACGACAGAAAUUGCUUUACAUGUCUGUUCCAAACCGACGAUCGUACACCAAUCUUGUUGGGAAGGGCCAGCGAGUUAGGCUCCAAGACCGUGGUGUCGGAUCUGAUGGUUCAACAUCUCGGCUUCAAACUGGAUGAUUUUACUGCCAAACAUGCGAUAUGCCGAUUUUGUUUAAAUCAACUGGUCGAGUUUCAUUCUUUCCAUCUACAAGUGGAGCAGAACCAUUGUGCUCGGAAUGCUGAAAGCGAGAACGAUUUUCAGAUGGACGAAGAGGAAACAGAAACCCAGGGUGACCACUGCGUUGAACGGCAUGCCGUGCUUGAUGAGGACAGAAGUGGGCUGGCCGAAAGAUUGCUUGCUUUGGAUGAAUUUUAUAGUCCGCAGGCACCCAAUGAGAUCCAACCUUCCGUUGCAAUUGGGGGAAGCGUUUCAAUUGACGAUGAUUCUGAAAUGGCCGAUGGAGAAAAACAAUACGAAGAACUAAGAAGCCUGGAAGAAUCUCGCGUAGGAGGGAAUGUAAGAUACGGGAAUGAUGGAUCUAACGCCUAUUCAGUAGAAGAAUUUCCUCCGUUUGAUGAAUCGAACUUGAUGGACAAUGAUAUGGACAGUUAUCAUAUGAAAAGAGAAAAAGGACAUAAUGGGGAAAUGGAACAACCCUACAAAGAACGGGACCAAAACCCAGAAGUUAAUAGAUCUGAAAGCAAACUAACAGAAGAAUUGUCUGCGUCGGAAAAAAUAAUAAAGAAGUUGCUAGCACAUGAAACAGGGAUGCGGAAACAUGCGCUAACAAAAGCAGAGGGAGAUGCAAUUAUCCAUACUCACCUUCAGUACUCGUGUACGAUUUGCCAAGAAGAUUGUGGCACAUUCAUGCAGUUGAAGCAGCACAAUGCAGAUGUACAUGGCAUGAAAGCCAGUGUGCCCUGCUGUGGAAAGCGGUAUUAUCAAAAAAGAUAUUUGUUAUGGCAUGUGCUCUGCGUAACGGGGAAGCAAAAGGAGGUCCGCUGUGAUCGCUGCCACCAACCUUUUGCAGAUGUCCCAGGACUGGAAAGGCAUAUGAAGUCACAUCAUAACAAGGACAAAGAACGAUUCAAAUGUAAUCGCUGCGGACUUAGCUUCGCAUUAAAAACUGGAUAUAAAAAACAUAUGCAAAGCGUUCUAUGCAAGGCGAAUAAUCAACGAACAGAAUCGUCAAUUUGGAGUUCGAAACCUGGAAACAGCAACGGUCUAUCAACAACAGGAAUGAGAGAUCAUGAUGCAGUUAUCCGGACCCACAUGUCGUACACGUGUUCCAUUUGCCAGAAGAAUUGUGCUUCAUUUAGUCGUUUGAAAAAGCACAUGCCGGAACAUGGCAUGAAAGCCGGCGUGCUCUGCUGUGGCCGUGAGUUUUUGCAAAAACAUCUUUUGUAUAUACACGUGCUAAACCUAACGGAAAAACUAAAGCCAGUCUACUGUAGACGUUGCGACCGGCCUUUCAAACACGAAAUAUCAUUGAAGCGGCACAUGAAGGGACACGAGAACAAAGAUAACGAGCUAUACAAAUGCAAGCUUUGUGAUGCCAAUUUUUCGUUCAAAGCGCAUUUCAAAGAUCAUCUGCAAAAUACCCAUGGCGAUGGGGAUGUUUGUUGCGAAAUCUGUCACCGUGACAUCCCCAAGACUCUGUUGCUAAAACACAUGGAAGGGCACAAGAAGACACCCGACAAACUACGAUGGAAAUGCAAAAUCUGCCCAAGAUCAUUUGUGAACAAGUUGCUAUAUCAGAAGCACAUAUCAAGCCAUAGCGACCUCAAAGAUCGUGAAAUCGGCGGAGAAACAAGUGCAAACACUGACGCGCUCAUCAAACCCCAAUAUGAUAAGCAUUCGACGAGUAAGUCACAGGAUGCGGAGAAUGCUACAACAGCCUCUGGUCGCAGUAGCACCCCCGCACAGGAGAAAAAAAUGUCACUCAACGAAUGCAUUAUCUGCGAUCGAACGUUUCCAACCGACCUGACCUAUCACGAGCAUAUGAAGAAGGUACACGAUAUAACGGUUCCGCUGCCUUCCUCCAGCAGUCCAGAGGCCACGUGCAAAAUAUGUAACAUCGCUUUUUCGGACCAGCAAGGUUUAGUGCAACAUCAAACCUAUUGGCAUUCUGAAGACAAGAAAUAGACUCACGAGCAAUUCCUGAAUUGUUCAAAAUGUAAUUCCA